AUGCUGGGCUGCCCCAUGCUGGACUGGCUGGUUCUUCACCACAUGUCCUACCACCCACACCUGGGGAAGAGUGAAGAUGUCAAACCAUUUACUCCUGAGAAAACCAAGGAAAUUGUGAUGUCUCUACAGCAACCUGCAGUCUUCUGUAAUAUGGUUGGUGAUUGGCCAGCCCUUCACUGGAAUGCAAAAUACCUUUCUCAGGUAUUGAGUGGAAAGGAAAUCCAGUUUAGGAUAGGUCUGAAGACAGUGGAUUUAGUUCCCCAGUUUGAAACCAAGUGUAGCUACGUGAAGGCUACACUUGAAGAGUUUUUGGCUUGGACCUGUGGGCAGCCUUCUUGUCUCUCUGGACCAUUCAGUUCUUAUGAGUACUCCAAACAUUGGGCUUAUGCUGACUACAAAUACAUUGCCAGGAUAUUUGAAGACAAGCCAGAAAUCUUCCAGGAUAUAAGGUGGUCUGACUUUGGUUUUCCUGGAAGAUGUGGAAGAGAGAGCACACUGUGGAUUGGUUCUGAAGGAGCAAACACCCCCUGCCAUUUGGACUCUUAUGGCUGCAAUUUAGUGUUACAAGUACAAGGAAGGAAGAGAUGGCACCUCUUCCCACCUGGUGACACCAGUUUCCUUUAUCCCACCAGGAUCCCUUAUGAGGAAUCCAGCGUAUUCAGCAAAGUCAACGUUGCCAACCCUGAUCUGAAACACUUUCCUCAGUUUAAGAACACAACAGCCCAUGUGGUUACACUCAGCCCAGGACAGGUCCUGCUUGUUCCAAGGCACUGGUGGCACUAUGUGGAAUCCAUUGAUCCCAUCACUGUCAGCAUAAACUCUUGGAUUGAGCUGGAUGCAGAUCAUGAGGCCCGUGUGGAAGAAGCAGUAACUCGAAUGCUGGUAUGUGCCAUAAAAUCAGCAGAAAAUCCCAGUGAUGGAGAUCUCUGGCUGAAUCCCACAGAGGUUGAGGCAACAUCCCAUGAAAUCAAUCUCCAGUACCUGAACAAAGCAGUGUCUGCAUACUUCCAGUGUCCAAGGGCAGGUGUGUUGGAGCAGGCACGUCCCUGCAGCGCUGCUGCAGAGCAAAGGAUGAGCCCCUCAUGCAAGAGGAAGAAAGGGGAAGUUGGCUGUGAAUCAGAGAGCUGCAGCUUACUAACCCAUGAAUGUGGCUUUUCAACAUUUCCAGCAGAAAAUUUGCAGAGAAUACCUUUUGGGCCUCAUCUUAUUCAAGUUUUACCACAGUCUCAAGAAAGAAGUUCAGUGGGUGCAGUUGCAGUUGGAAGUGAUAGCAGAGAUCUUCUCCAUGAAAAUGAAGGAGGACAUUUUGGAAAAUUGCACUGUGCCAGGAAGCAGUUGGUAAUAAGUAAUGACUGUGAAACACCUGCAUAUCAAAUGGAUUCAGACAGCAGUCCAAAUGCCUCACAAGCAGCCCUUUCUACCAAUGAUUUGCUGGACUGUCUGGUUAAUCCACGUGUCAUCAGUUUAGUAGCUCAGCUGCUGUUGGACAGAGCAAGAGUUUAGUGCCAGAGUGCUUUAUCAUUUCUGAAAUAAAGAAAUCAAAUU